GCUCCGCCCCAACCACAAUCACAACCUACACCAUAGACCAGACACCAACCGUAAACCAUGACGUAGAGCCGCCGCCAUCUCCACAUCAGACCGGGAUUCGCGCCUUUGCGGGAGACCUUGAAAAGGAGACCACUGAGCGGGAAGGAUACAGCGCGACCGGUAGCUCCGUUGACGCCUUUAGCCACACUGAUAAACCCGCCAGAAGUCUUACGCGCUCAUCGCUCAACUCUAAUAUCGGCCGCAAUCGUCCACUUCCGCGCUCUACACGCCGCCUUUCCGAUAUCCAAGACCUCGACACCACAAAAGUCGCUGGACAGAAGAAGGCGGGGCAGAUUCAGAUGGACGACCACCAUGACACAGUGGACGAAGAGGAAGACUUGGCGGAAUUGGAGGCACUGAUGAUACCACCGGAGAUGAAGUCGUCCCCUCGGCAGCCGGAGACGCCCACUUCAGAAUGGCAGCCCAUAGAAAAGUCUUCGUGGGAUCCUGCCGGUUUUCCGACCAAGUCCGGAUGGCAGUCCAUCAACGACCCAGCGUUCGGCGAGAACCUCAGCCAGGAUAUAUCAAUAGACAAAUCCUCGUGGGAUCCCGCCGGUUUCCAGACCGAGUCCGGAUGGCGGUCCAUCAACAAUCCAGACUUCGACGAAGACUUCAGCGAAGAGACGUCUACAGACGAGCCCUGGGCGGCGCACGAAGGCGACAUACCCGACGAAGGAGAAGAAGACUCGGUGGCAGAUUUCCCCUCCACUCCAGUCGACGACGAGAAACUUGUGAGAGAGCCGGAUGACACCGACGAUCUACUGGACGAGAAGUAUUUCAAGCACAACGGCUACCUGAACUACAUCAGCAACAAGGACGGGGAUGAGUCUAACUCUGCGACGGAGAACAAGAAGACAGGAGUUCAAAGCAAAGUCAAGACAACGAAGAAGAAGGAAUUGAAAGUUGUCUUCGGUUCGUCGCCUGGCAAGUCCGCGGGACCAGGAAAGCCUUUGACAUCGCCAAAGACAUCUACCAAGACCUCAACCCAGCCGCCGGCCAUGGAAGACAGUAGUCGCGAUCACCUCAAGGCCGAUACUGAAGCUGAGCGAAGCUCUAGCCCUGCUUCCUCUUCGGAUGAAGCUAGCAGAUGGGAAGUGGUAGACGGCAAUAUUGAUGCCCCACGAACAGGCAACAAGUCGGUCCACAAGCUUACAAUCAAGCUACGUAACAACGCGACCGGUGAGUCCAAGACCGUCACGUACACUGAUGUUGAGCACGAUGACAUCGACUGGAAAUCCAAGCCCCAGAUCGUCGCGAUAACACAAUGGCGCACUGAUGUUUUCCAUGGAUAUGGAAUCGACACCAAGAAGGUUGCGUACCCGUACACACCAUUGGAGGACGCCUGGAUGACACUCUUCCACAGGAAGCUGCGCGCAACCAUCAAUGCGGGCCACAUCAUCAAGCUUCCCGGUCCGGUCCCGGUGAUCGAUGCCUUCAACACCUUUUUUGAAGGCAAGGUACUCAAAGACGCGAACGGUGCUGAUGUACCUUCCAGACCACAGCGCGACGUGUCAUCCAUUCGGGGAAAGCUCGACGGCAGGGUUAGCAGAAUUGCCACAGAGAGGAAGAACAUGAGAGGAACUCUAGAAGGAAAGACGGGCGGUGUUUUGUUUGUUCCGGAUGUGACAGAGGACGAGCUGAGGAAGUUUCAGGUAGAUGGGUCGGUUGCGGCUGACGACCCGACUGAGGCUGGUAAGAAUGCGGCAUUGGAUGUUGAUGGGAAGAAGAGCAGGCGACCGUCACCGAAGAGGAAGCGGGAUUAGAAUGAUGCGGGGGAUAUGGUGGUGAAGAAGACGAAGCGAAUAAGCCGAGCUGAUCAGGAUUAGUAUCGGAUAUGGAGAUGUCUGAGCCGGUAUCCUGGGCAGCUAUGCCUCAGCAGGGACCCAGUACGCAUGUCAGCGUUGAUGUUGCACGUCGAAGAAGAGGUCUCGUUGUACAAAUGAGUCGCACAUUACAGUAGUCAAGCCGAAAUUCAUUUGCCUCAAAUAUGUCGAACCGAUCGCAGUCGCGCUCAACCCGUCUUGUCUUCCCAUAUCUUCAAAAACAGUUUCCACAGGAUGGAGAACAGGAUGCCCUGCAGACCGUUGGCG